GGAGAGCAAUCGGGACUGCGGCACUUUUUCCCCCUUCUGUCGACUUCGUCCAGCGAUCGGCGGGCGUAUUGAGUGGCCGCGAGUCUUGGGUUGCUGGUGGCAUCGCGGGUUACUAAAUACGACUGCUUGUGAGCCCUCGUCAUGAGGACGUCGUGGGUCUUGUUCGCGACGCUGUUGUGCGCGCUCCAUUACGUGUGGUCCCGGCUGCCGUUCCUAGCCGUGCCGGCCCAAUGGCUGGGCACGACGCUGAUUCUACUGUGUGCCGCACACUGCCUGGCUCGGUUCCUCUGGCGCAGGCUAUUCGUUACCCUCGUCAACGGUGAUGGGAAGGCUGUUCUUAUCACUGGUUGUGACACGGGUUUCGGCAACAUGCUCGCCCGGUGUUUGUCUCGAGAGAACUUCAUGGUGUACGCGGGGUGCCUCGACUCCAACAGCGAGGGUGCAAUGAUUCUCAAGAAGAGCCAAAACGUACGAGUGCUGCAGCUUGACGUCACCAAGGACAAUCAGGUCGACGAAGCCUUCGAGGCGGUCAAGCGGGACCUUGGAUCAAGAGUUCUGUGGGCCGUGGUAGCCAACGCCGGCAUCCCGAACAGCGGCCUCAUCGAGUGGAUGACCAUGGAGAGCAUCAUCAAGGUGUUCGACGUCAACGUCUUCGGAGUCGUCCGAGUCGCCAAAAAGUUCCUGCCACUGUUGAAGAGAAGCAAAGGACGCGUGGUUAUUGUCACUAGCGUCUACGCAUCAUAUACCUUCCCACUUGCGACGGCGUACUGCAUGAGCAAAUACGCAACCUUGUCACUUGUCGACGGUCUCAGAAGAGAGCUGUAUGGUAAAGGAGUCGAUGUUAUUGCUAUCGAGCCAACUUUGUACAAGACUGCCAUCAACGAUGACGUUGGUUCCAUGCGAGCCAUCGAGCGAGACCUGAACAAGCAAGCGCCCGAAGUCGUCGCCGAUUACACGGAGACGGAAAUUAAGAAUUGGCUCACGUCGGCGUCGACCUACUACUCUUACUCCAUGCGCGACAACCCCCAGGAAGUUGUGAAUCAAAUGAUUGCGGCAGUUAGGGAGACGUAUCCGAAGACCUGCUACCCGGCCACUGGACCCCUGGAGUACACGUCGCUUUGCAUUCUCAGGACUUUGCCCGAUGAAGCGGUAGAUUAUUUAAUCCUCGGUAUUCGUAAGAUGAUCAACCUUGUAUGUUGAACCUUGUUUUUACAAUAUGUGCUGCCGCCGUAGCGCUGGCCCUGUCACUAUGGCACCCGGCCGCUGAGCCCGAGGUCGCUGGUUCGGUCCCCACUGGCGCGGCCGCAUUCCGGUGACUGCCAAAUGUGAUAACGUUUGUGUGCCUAGGCAUGAGUGUCCAAAAGUACCAUGUAGUACUCUUAUUUAUAAACAGCAACGGUGGAUCGCACAUACAACGCGUGCAAGACACAUACUCAUUGCUUUUAGGUCCAACAAACAUUUCAAUUUUAAGCGUGUACCCUGUAUGGUAUGACCUCAGCAGAAUAUUUUCCACAUUAAUGGAAUGACGAUCGAGUGCUGCGCACAUGCCAGAUCAUUAUGGUACAAACAAGAAUACUCAAUACUGUUUAGUGUACCAUGUAUACUUAAGUGCCAGAUGACUCACACGUCCUGUGUAGGAAUGUGUACGAAGAUACGACAAUGCGCAUGCGCUACUCGGAAGUGCGCAAGAGUGAACAAUAGGUAGAAGCUUACCGCGUUUGAUUCCUUUGUUUUAUGUGCUCCUUGUUCUCAUUUUAUCCUUGUACAGUAUAUUUGCAGUAAAACGUUUUGGUUUGUUGACGUGUCUUCACAAAACCGCUGUAUUCAACUGAACAUCCUGAUGUAGAGCCUCGGUUCAGGAUAACACACAACACUCAAAUACAUCAAACAUGCUGUCUAUGUGGUCUGAAAUUUGGUGUGGCCUUCGCGAUCUCGGAGACCAUGCUUAGAGCUCAAAGUGGGAACUGCACCUUGCUAGACACAAUAGCUUUGUGCGUGCUUACUCUAGUUGCUAUAGACAAUCAGUGGUUGCAUAUGAAGUACGAAUUAAUAACGUGCCACAUUCUAAGUCUUCUUUUGGAUCCAUGGACGAAAUAAUUUGCGUGUCCGGCCAUGAAGGCCAUUGUUGCUUCUUUGGAGACGUACGCGAUUGUGAUAAUUGUUGUAGUUCUUGUUCUUUGUAUUGUUUCUUAUUCUUCCGCGCGGCUUCUUUUCUGUCAUUACUAUCAUCAAUAAAACUCGUUGUUGGC